ACAGUGUGGCCAGACUUCCAUCCCUUGAAGUUUGUUUUUUUUUUCACGGAGCUCAGAAACAAAAGAAUUUGCAAUUUAGCCGAAGAGCAGACGGUGCAGAUCCAGAUCAGAACGGAUCCGCAGGAUGAGGAGCGUCGAGGAGAUCAAGGCGGAGUACCCGCUGCACUGGCACAUCUGGCACAACGAACUGGAGCAGCUGCAGGCGGCAGUCGACGAGAACGAUAAGGAGAAAAUCGAUCCCCGCGGACGCACGCCCCUGAUGCUGGCCGUGAGAUUGGCCAAUUUACCAUGUGUUAAAUGCCUUCUGGCGGCUAAAUGCAAUGCCACCUACGAGCACGAAGGCUGGUCCAUUGUCCAGGAAGCCGUGUGCACCGGCGAUGUCGACAUCUUGACGGCCAUUAUCGAGGUUCGGGAUCUCCAACGUCAUGUCCAGCGGGUUACGCACGUGCCCAAGCUGCUGCAGCACCUCCUGGACGCCCCCGACUUCUACAUCGAGAUGAAGUGGGAGUUCACCUCCUGGGUGCCCCUGAUGUCGCGGCUCUGUCCCAGCGACACCUACAAGGUCUACAAGCGGGGAGCCAACGUCCGGAUAGACACCACGCUGCUGGGCUUUGACAACAACACCUGGCAACGGGGCAAUCGAUCAUACAUCUUCAAGGGAGCCAAAGAAACUGCCACUAUGAUCGAAAUUGAUCACGACACGAACGAGGUGAUGGUGGAGGAGAUGAGCAGCGACAUCGGCGACAUUGUGGCCAUUCCACCAGCCUUGGGCACUGUGAGGGCCCGUCUCAAUGCCCCGGUGAUCACCAACAACAUCGAGAUGGACAAGAUUAGCUUCGAGCGCAACAAGUGUGGCAUUUGGGGCUGGCGGAGCGAGAAAUCGGAGGUAAUCAACGGCUACAACUGCAAAGUGUAUGGGGCCAGCAAUGUGGAGUUCGUCACCAAGACGCGAAUGGAUCACCUUAGUGAGGAACAGAUCAAGAACAAAACAGCAAGGACGCCGCUACAUAGUCUGCUGGGAAUUGCCGAUGAGGACUAUGUGUCCCCCGCUGACGCCGCUGCUGCACUCAAAGAUCGCACACCAUCGCCUCGUUUGGGGGAAGGUCCAAUCGCAGGAGUUGAGAAUGGAGGCAGAACCUCACCAGCUCCUGGAAUGCAAAGCAACGGCAGCUCCGCCUGUGCCUCGGGCACCAGUACACCCAAGUCUUCCGUUACCCCGGAGGAGUAUUUUACUCCGGAGGUGGAUCUUCACGGAAGGGAUGUCGGCGGUCCCAAGAACCUGAGCACAAAGGUGCAGCGCUUUAAGGCCAACUUGUGGCUGGCCGAGGAGCAUCCCAUUCGACUGCAGGAACAAGUGCUGCCCAUCCUAGACCUCAUGUCCACCAUGGCUAGUCCACAUGUGGCCAAGCUAAGGGAUUUUAUAACCAUGCAGCUGCCAGCCGGUUUUCCCGUCAAAGUGGAAAUUCCGCUCUUCCAUGUCCUAAAUGCCUGCAUCACAUUCGGAAAUGUGUUUGCCUUAACUACGCCAGUGGAUCACGUGGCCACGCUGCAGGAGCAGGACCGGGUUACCUGUCUGGUGGACGAUCGCUGCUUUGAUGUUCCGGCCCACUAUACAAAUAGGGGCAGUGAUGUCCGCCGACAGAUUCCUCUCGAUGAGGAUGAUAUGCUCCAGUAUGCUAUCGAGCAGAGCCUGGUGGAAACAAGCGGAGCCUGCGGCGUGGACGCCAGGGACGACGACAAGGUUGACAUCUGGGAGGUGCUAAGGGGCCAAAACGUCGUGGGAUCUGAUCUCUUGCCCGAGGACGACGAGCAGCUACAGCGAGUUCUUCAGGAAUCGCUGCUGGGCGCGCAUGCGAACCUUCAAAGCGGUUCGCCCGCCUCCGAGGAUGACGACGAUGGAGGAUUCCGGUAUGUGGAUCCGGAUUUGGCCAUGGCCAUGCGACUGUCGCAGCAGGAACAGAGAAAGUUCGAACUGGAGCGGCAGCAGGAGCAGGAAAUGAUCGAGCAGGCGCUAAAGCUCAGUCUGCAGGAGCACUAAUAGCCUACCAGCGAUUCCAAAUUGAAGUUCUUUUGAUUUCUAGUGUAAACUUCGGACUAAGUUGUAUAAAUAAUACGAGUACUUUAAGUUCCCCUCGCAUCCUUCUCCGCCCCUGUCCUUGUUUUGAAUUGUGAUACAAGCGGGACACAAACGGGAAGCUGUCGCCUGGUCUCAACUCGUCCACUCGCAACCGAAGGAUCCACCCUCUAUAUACCAUGUAUCCAAAGUAGUCUUCGUAGCUGUAGCUUUUGCAAAUGUAUCUAGUAUCAGGUAGAUACAGUCUUAAAAUUAAGUGCGUGUGGUAACGGAAAGAUAGACUCGAAGUAUGUUUGCUGACUUCUGACCGGCUUACCACAUGUGUGCGUGUCCUUAAUCUGUAUCCACUAAUCAACAUUAACCAUAAUUUAUACUAAUCUACACCAACUCACAUCAUGCCCAUGUAAGCAGUCACCUUUUUGUGUAAAUGAAGAAUAUAUAUGAAAUAAUCAUCAGAAAA